AAUGGGGUGGGCACCAGUCUUCACAGUCAAUGGAGUAGCUAUGCAGAUGCGGGCCACUUCUUCCUGAGGCAGUAAAUCGAGUUCAGCCUCUUCCAUGUUAGGCAGUUGUGUCAGGCUCUCCAUGACUCAGGCUUCGCCCGCGGACCACAGCCAGCUCUGCCUCCCUCCGUGCUCUAAGUAGGGAAGGACCGGUGGAGUCGCCUCCCUCCCUGGCCUUCUGCUGCAGGAAGCCCUGAUUCCACAACCCGAGAGGGCCACUCCGGCACAGCCACUCCGUCCUCCUCCACGGCCUCUCCAUAGAUAAGAACUCCAGCUCUCCGUGAUCUCCCAGGGCACACUGAGUCUCACAGCUUUGGUUCCUGUCCUCCGAGAUGGACAGUGUCACCUAGCAACACACGCACUCGGGCAGCAUGGGCGACAUCAAGAGUAACCGGGAGCUCUACAACCAGUACCUGGCCACGGCCCCCAAGCUGCUGGCCCACAUCUCCAAGCUCCUCACCCUCUGCCGCCAGUCAGGCAUCACUGUGCCCAAGGGCAUCAGAAACAUCUUCGAGUUUACAUGGGCAGAACUCAUUGCUGACCCCAUGGUCCCCACCGGGUCCAGCAUCCCGGGCCUAGAGGUCAGCUUCGGAGCGCCACUGGUGGUACAGGUGGAGUCCACCCCGGCGCUGACCCAAAGAAAGCUGCCCCAGCCCACAACACCAGUGCCUACAGGGACCACCAUCACCAGGACAGCCCGGAACUCCGUAACACCCACCCGCCAGGCGCCUGCCGGGCAGGAGAUGCUGCACAGGUUCCAGCGGCAGUCGGUGCACCUGCUGACGGAGCUGCUUGCCCUGAAGAUGAGGGCCAUGGUGGAGGCCGCAUCAGGUGCCAACCCCAUGGACAUCACCCGGCGCUUUGUGGAGGCCAGCCAGCUGCUGCACCUCAGUGCCAAGGAGGUGGCCUUUGACUGCCUGAUGGGCACUGCAGGGAGGAGCGGCUACUUCAUAGGGGAGACAGGGAAAGAGUCCCCCAUAGACAUCUCAGCCAUGGGCGUGAACUCACCCUACCAGCUGAUCUACCAGUCUUCCACGGCCUGCCUGAGCUUCUCCCUGUCCACGGGGAAGGAAACCAAGAAGAAAACAGGUAAAUCGAAGAUGCUGGAAGACAUGUUCAGCGCGUCGCCCUCCCAGCGCGCAGUGGGUACCUCCCCCGACACCACCACGGAGUUCAGCGAUCCCUGCCCUGAGGCCCGUGAGAAGCUGCAGGAAAUGUGUCGCCACAUAGAAGCAGAGAAGGCCCUGUGGAAAGGGCGGAACAUCUUCUACCCCAUGAUCCUGCGCAACUACAAAACAAAGAUCCCCUCUCAGCCGGCGUCGGCUGCCAAAGGGGACUCGCAGGGCUUGGGUGUCCAUGCAAGUACCCACACCAUGGCACCGACAUCUGCACCCAACACUCACCAGCUCUCGGUCCAGCAGAGCCGGCACUCACAGGACUGGAAGGUGCCCAAGAAGGCCUCCAAGCUGCACUACUCCUUCCACGACGGCUCCUCCUUCGUGUACUAUCCCUCUGGAAACAUUGCCAUAUGUCAGAUCCCCACGUGCUGCAGAGAGAAAGCCAUUACCUGCCUGUUUAACGACAUACCUGCCUACUCCUUCCUGGCCCUGUUCAAUGCCGAAGGCCAGGGCUGUGUUCACUACAACCUAAAAACACACUGCCCCUACGUCUUGGUCUUGGAUGAGGAAGGCGGGACCACCAACGACCACAAAGGCUUUGUGAUCCACAAGUGGAGCUGGACGUCCAAGACGGAGACCUUGCUCUCCCUAGAGUACAAGGUGAAUGAGCAGCUGAAGCUCAAGGUGUCGGGGCAGGACUCCAUCGUGGUCACCUUCACGUCCCUGAACGAGACAGUGACGCUCACUGUGUCGGCCAGAAACUGUCCCCACGGGACGGUACAGGAAAAGCGGCUGGCCCGCAGAAUCAGCACCGAUGAGAAGGUAUCCAAGAUGAACCUCGCCCUGGCCAAGAUCAAGAAGCGCUUCCAGAGGACGGUGACUCAGUUUAUGAACUCCGUGCUGCUGGCGGCAGGCCUCUUCACCAUAAAGUAUCCCACCGUGCAGGAGGAGGCCGAAUAUGCCCAGGCCAAGCUGAAAUCCAGCGCCCCAGCCGAGCGUGCCCCGAAGCUGAGCUUGCACCCAGGGGAUUCCCUUCCCCGGUUCCAGUCGGGCCGGCCAGAGUCUGUGAUGGAGGACUCUGUGCCCGAGCAGGCGGUGCCCACGCCCACCAGCCCCAUCCGGAAGAAGAUGCCCAGAGUCCAGGCCAAGGCCACGGCUGCCCCCAGGAAGAAGAUCCCUGAGGAACGCAGCCCCUCACAGUGGGCAGCUGUGCCCUCCGACUGCCCGCUGGUGCUGCGCAAGCUGGUGUGCAAGGAGGACCCUCGCCCAGGCUGCAGGUGCACGGUGAAGGCACCACUGGUGUCUGACCUGGAGCUGGAGCGCUUCCUCUCAGCUCCCCGUGACCCUGGACAGGUGCUGGUGUUUGGCAUCCUUGCAAGCGGGACCCCAAUGGACACUGUACAACUGCAGUGGCUGCUGGACACGCUGUACAGCCAGGGGCAGCAGGGCCGCUCCUCACCCUGCAUCCAGUGCCGGCGCGACCCAUACCGCCUGCUGCAGUAUGACCUGGACAGCCCCCUGCAGCGCCACCCACCCCUGCUGGUGACCAAGUUCUCUGUGGUGCCAGGAAUGGUCCUGAUGUUCGCUGGGGGUAGACUGCUCUUCGGAGGCUGUGUUCUGAACGGGUACGGCUUCAGCAAGCAGAAUCUGCUGAAACAGAUCUUCCAGGCGAGGCAUGAUUGCAAGAUGGGUUACUUCCUGCCAGACAACUACAAAUUCAGUAUCCGAGCCCCUACCUCAGCCCUGGAGGAUUCUUACGCCGCCAAGGCAGUCAUAUCCGGAGAUCUGGAAGGCAGCUUCUCCUCAGUGGCCCUGGGGGACAAAGUAGAGAAGGACACCUCUCCUCAGCCUGAGAAGCUGCAGGAGCCUGAUGUGGGCCUGAAUUUCAGCAGAGGCAGGAGGGGCAGCAAGAAGGGAACAGCCUGGAAGAAGCAGGCCGCAAAGAAGUGACCUCACCCUGGUGGCCGAUGCCUGCCGUCCCCAGUGUCCCUGCAAUAAACAAACAAGCUGCCUCCAGCA